GCCACAUCUAAUGAAAAUAAGUGUUGUUUUGCUAGGGACCUUAUAAACAAAGCAGCAACAAUUUGAAAACUACGCAUUUUAGAGCUGCGCAAAUGGAGCAACCAGCAACCGGCGGAGCCGCUGUCCAACCGGGUGUGUCCCCUGCCCACGUCCAGGAUACCGAUCAGCUCCUGGACCCCGUUCUAUUCUCCAACGACAAUGGGAGCUUCAAGCUGAAUACAGUGCCUGCAUUUAGCCUUCAUCUCCUUAUCUCCACGGCAAUCUCGAUUGUUGGAAUUGUUCUUGCGGCCUCUUUUCCUGCGGAUCGGCGCUGCGAUGCCUACUUUAUAAUGCUCUACUUAAGGGCCACAUUCUGGGUCAUCACAUAUCUCUUCGAUCACUUUGUGAAGAAGCAACACGACAACCUGCGAAUGCAGGGCUAUCACGACUUCCACCGCGAGACGAACAUGCAGAAGGGGAUUCCCCUUCAGCUUGUCUCCCUGUGGAACUCAAUGUUACUGGCCGUCCAGGCUCUGAUUCACCAUUUCUAUGCGGAAAACUUCUGGGAGCAUUGUGCCGCCGGCUGGCUUUCGCCUGUCAGUUAUGUGACCGCUUUUACCGUCGCUGAAAAUUUAGUGCUGGCCGUCUCCCAUAGCGUAUAUAUUGACAAGGUGCGCAAAUUCAACAACGCCAAGCUAGCUCCGGAUGUUUUGCGAGGUGCUGAUCGUGCCGGUGGCUCUUUGGGCCUUAUGCAACCCGGUGGCGAUACCGAUGAGCUGCUAGAGAAGCAGGCCGAUCUCAUUGCCUAUCUGCGUGACCACACUCACAAGCUCAACCAGAAGCUGCACCAAAUGCAGACCAACGUGCGACCAGUGAGGGCUCCUCAAAUUCCUUAAAGACGACUUAAACGAUUUCAUAUUUCUACGUAUUAUAUUUUUAUUGGUGGUUCUCUUUUUAUUUUUAAAAUAAUUUGUUCAUGCGAAGAAAUAUUCUUCAAGAAGAUCAAUUGCAAAAAUGCAAUUGCACAUUAACAAAAAAAAUGUAAUAAUCAACUGUAAAUACAGAGAACGCAAUCCUUAAUCGCCGAUCAAAGAUUAUGUCCAUUGAAUUGUAUUAUACAAGCAAGUGUGUGUGCAAAAUGAUUAUAUUAAAACUGAUUUAUACAAGUUC